AUGGCGCGCCAGCUGCGCCGCGAAGACUACACGGUAGGCUGGGUGUGCGCCCUGCCCGUCGAGCUGGCGGCUGCGCAGGAGAUGCUCGACGAAGAGCACGGCAUGCCUCCGUCCAGCACCCAUGACACUAACAUCUACACCUGCGGUCGAGUUGGUAAGCAUAACGUCGUUAUUGCAUGUCUGCCCGAAGGACAAAUGGGCACCCACUCAGCUGCCGCGGUCGCUGUGCAAAUGAAGCUGGCAUUCACAUCCACGCGCUUUGCGCUGAUGGUAGGCGUUGGAGGAGGCGUGCCUAGCAAGGAUGCAGAUAUUAGGCUUGGAGAUGUCGUGGUUAGCAAGCCGCAUCAAGUGCAUGGCGGAGUGGUGCAGUACGAUUCUGGCAAGGCUACACCGAGCGGGUUUGAGCGCACGGGGUGGCUUGACGCUCCGCCGCCAGUCCUACUUCACGCGGUCACAAACCUGAAGGCCAGUCAUAUGAGGGGAAAAUACAGACUGUCUGAGUAUCUCUCUAAGCUAGACAGCCUGCCAGGUUUCACGCGAGAAGCUGCCGGCUCGGAUACUCUCUUUGCCGCGACGUACGACCAUGAGGGAGGAGCAACAUGUAAGCAUUGCGACAAAAGCCAUCUAGCAGAUCGGGAGCCGCGAGAGCAAGAGGUGGUAGUGCAUUACGGCACGAUCGCAUCGGGCAACCAAAUCAUAAGGAAUGCGGCGGAACGAGACAGGAUCAGCGCAGAGCUGGGCGGCGUGCUUUGCUUCGAGAUGGAAGCGGCUGGGCUUAUGAACAGCUUUCCGUGUCUGGUGAUCCGCGGCAUCUCCGACUACGCGGACUCGCACAAGAGCAAGCGGUGGCAGCCAUAUGCGGCGGCGACAGCGGCAGCGUGCGCCCAGGCAAUGCUGUCUGUGAUACCAACAACCGAGGUUGAAGGUGCACUUCCAAUCAAUACGGCUAUUACAAAGAAGGUUCACGGUGAGAACAUCUUUCCUAUCCCUACUCGAGUUAUCUGGAAUCACAUUGUAACAACAACGCUAAGUAUCUUGUAG